AUGAAUGGAUCAACCAUUACAGAGUUCAUUUUGCUGGGCUUCUCCUGCUCCCGCACUGCCCAACUCUUCAUUUUUGCACUGGUCUCGGCCUGCUACACCACCAUCCUUCUGGGCAAUGUUCUGAUCAUGUUGACUGUGUGGUCAGAGCCUCAGCUCUUCCAAUGCCCCAUGUAUUUCUUCCUCGCCAGUCUAUCCCUCAUUGAUAUGUCUUUGGGCUCAGUAGCAGCUCCAAAGUUAGUGACUGAUUUGUUGAACAAUGGGGGUACCAUUUCCUAUGUGGGCUGUAUAGCUCAGAUAUUUGGUCUCCACCUCUUUGCGGGUGCAGAGAUGUUUCUCCUCACCCUCAUGGCCUACGAUCGCUACGUAGCCAUUUGCCACCCACUGAGGUACACGACCAUCAUGAAUCAGCAAUGUUGCUUCCGUCUCCUCAUGCUUUGCUGGAUCGGAGCCUUCAUUCAUUCCACUUUCCACAUGGUGGUGCUUGCCCAGCUCCCAUUCUGUGGGCCCAACAUGCUAAACAAUUUCUUCUGUGACAUCCCCCAGGUAAUCAAGUUGGCCUGCUCAGACAUCUAUGUUGCUGAGAUACUCAUAUUGUUCAAUGACAGCCUGGUAACUCUCCCCUGCUUUCUGAGCUUGCUGGUAUCAUACGUGACCAUCUUGGCUACCUUCUGUGGCCGUUUUGGAAAGAGCAGCAGGAAGACCUUGUCCACCUGCAGUUCCCACCUGACAGUAGUUGGCUUGUUCUAUAUGCCCAUUGUCUUUGUCUAUAUCAAGCCCUCUUCCCACUCCCAGCUGGAGAAGAUGGCCUCUGUGUUCUACAUGGUGGUCACCCCUGCCCUCAAUCCCUUGAUCUACUCUCUGAGGAACCAAGAAAUGAAGGGAGCCAUCGGGAAGCUGAAAAGGAAGUGCAAGCUCUUUCUGCUGCCUUCAGGGGACCAAAUGUGUGAAAUUUCCUUUUCUUACCAAAGACAUUGUUGUGCAUAUGAAUGCUAA